AGGCGCGCGCGCGCGCCCGUCCCCCCCGGCUCGCAUGUGGCCUCCUGUGAAUGGGGGGCCCGCGGCGGCUUGCAAUGGUGGACGGCUGACCCGAGCGGCGCCUCCGCUGGGAUGGACUCCGGCGGCGGAGACAAGGCCAAGAAGGGUCACAAGAAGGCGACCUCAGGGCGCAAGGCCAAGAAGAAGAAGGAGAAGCAGACGGGCAAGGUCGAGCGGCACAACCCGAAGGCCCACACCUUCUCGGGGGGCGUCAAGAGCGUCGAGAAGCGGGUCCGCCGCACGCUGGAGCAGCAGUCGAAGAAGGAACACGCUCCGAAGGUGGACAAGACCCCCGACAUCCCGCCUCCCUUCAUUGUUGUCGUGCACGGCCCGCCCGGCGUGGGCAAGACCACCUUGAUCCAGUCGCUGGUGAAGCAUUAUGCGCGCCAGCAGGUGGUCAAGCUGCAGGGACCCGUCACGCUCGUCAGCGGCCGCCAUCGUAGGCUGACGAUCAUGGAGUGCCCGCAGGACAUGGGGGCAAUGCUGGAUUUGGCCAAGGUGGCCGAUCUGGUGCUCCUGAUGAUCGAUGCAUCGUUUGGCUUUGAGCUGGAGACGUUCGAGUUCAUCAAUGUGCUGCAGGUGCACGGCUUCCCGAAGGUUAUCGGUGUGCUGACUCACCUGGACAGGUUCAACGACAACAAGCAGUUGCGGAAGGUGAAGAAGACGAUGAAGCACCGCUUCUGGUCCGAGCUGUUCGACGGCGCCAAGCUGUUCCAUCUCAGCGGCCUGCAGUACGGCAGGUACCACCGUCUAGAGGUCCAGAAUUUGGCGAGGUUUAUCGCAGUGACCAAGGGCACGGUGCUCUCGUGGCGGCAGAGUCACCCGUACAUGCUUGCGCUGAGAUGGGAAGACCAGACCGACCCCACCGAGCCUCCGAGCGCGCCGCGAAAGCUGGACCUCUACGGCUACGUCUGCGGCGGCCGGCUGCGGGAAGGCACGCACGCGCACCUGGCCGGCGCGGGGGACUUCCAGAUCGCAGCGAUCAAGUCCCUGAUAGACCCGUGCCCGCCCCCCACAGAGGUGGAGUCCCAGAAAGAGAGGGCGAAGGCCGCCGCCAUCGGCGAUAAGCCGGCCAAGCCCAAGAAGAAGAACGCCCUGCGCACGCUCGCCGAGAGGCACCGCAUCAUCUACGCGCCGGGCUCCGACGUCGGCAGCAUCACCGUGGACUCCGACGCCAUGUACAUCCAGCUGCCAGACCACCAGGCCGGCUUCACCAGGCAGGAGGGCGAGGCCGAGGGGCGGGAGCUGCCGGAGGCCGUCCGCCUCGUCCGGGAGCUGCAGGCCAAGGACUCCGCGCUCGACGCGCGGGCCCCGGCGCCCGCCGCGGCGCGCCGAGCGUCGCGGUGGACGGGCGGGCGGCGGGCGGCGCCGCGGAGGGCGGCGCGCGGGAGGAGGGGGAGGACGGUGUCCAGAGCGAGGCCGCCGAGGAGGAGGAGGAGGAGGAGGA